AUGCUGAAACCCAAUCCCACAGCCAUCAACAACGUCAUUGCUCCUGGCUUUGUCAUCAACGACCAGAUUGAAGCUUUUUAUAAGCAAUUGGUACCUUUGCUGGUAUUGACAUGGCAAACGAAAGCGGCUGUAAAAAAGACCUUGAAGGCCCUCAAGGAUGAUCAAACUGUUUUCAUCCCUACCCCUCAUAUACCAACACUACCUUCCGUUAUACCACCUUGUCCACCAUCACCGCGACCAGUAAGCAAAGGCAAAAAGCGAAAAUCUCCCGAGGAAGAUGAUGACUAA